UUGCCUUACCUUCAUACUAGUUCGGAUUUCUGAAUGAUUGGAAAUUUCUGAAUAUACCAUAAUUUUAGUUUCUUGAAAAUUAGAAAAGACUCCAAAAUUUUAAAAACGAUCUUUGAAAAAGGGUUGCAUGAAAAAAUAGGCGGCGGCUUUAAUAACAUUCGUAUUCCCAAAUUUAAUGGUUGAACAAAUAUUCUGCCCACAAUUGCAUGGAGCGAGAUGCGAAAAGGGCCACUUGUAAUAGAACAUUUUUUUAUUCCAAAAGUUUCAUUUUUCCAUUGCCAAUUUGCCAUUCUCACAUUCUGCAAUACUGAGGAAGAAAGAGAGGCAAAAAUUAGCAGUCUUGAUUGCCACGUGUAGGCCUGUCCCUCCCUGAGCUCGUGUGUCUAUUACAAGUACACCUAUUUUCUUGGUUUCCGGUAGCACAGACACCUGGUUUCUGUUUGUUUCCCAUUUUUUUCUCAUUGUUCAUCUCUUCUGUUUUGACAAAAACAAGGAGGCCUGCUGCUCAAGAUUCCUGUAGGUUUUGACAUUUCUGGGGGAGGGAGUAUGCGUAGUUAUGAGAGGGAAGGAGGAGAAAGAGGGGGGGGGGGGCCUUUUGCUUGUAUGUUGAUUUAUUGAAGGGAAUUUAAUAUUUUUAUUCGGAGGUGCUUUUUUCUUGGUUGGGGUGUUGGAAAUGACCGAUAAUGAUAGGGAACAAGAAGGGUGUGUGUUUGAGAUAGCACUGGUGGUUCCCAGAUGGGGUGAGAACAGAGAGGAUGAGAGAGAGGGAGCUCAUUGCGUUGAUAUUCUUGUUGAUGAGCUCAGGCGAAAAGGGUUCAUCGUUGAAAGAGAUGUUGGCCUUCAAAAUGAAUUCAUCAAGUUGGCAGCACGGGAUGAUGUCAUUGGAAGGGCUGCAGCUGCUUUGCAGUUCAGAAAGCCAACUUGUAUAGGGAUGGAUCUUCCUUUUGAAUGGGAGGAGGCUGCAGCUUUCAUUAGGCUACCAGAUGGCUCCUUGUUCAGUUGGUGUGAACGAUUCCAUUGCUACAAUCACAUGAUAUAUGGGAUUGUGAACACCGGAGAGUCGGUUGUAGUGCUGAGAUAUGACUCUAAAGAAGAACACUGGAAACCGGGUGAAUCUCUAGUCCGGAAAUUAGAGGCAAUAGGCAUCGUCAAAGAAGUAUUUCCAUUGCAUGAUGAAAAAAAGCGGAAGCAACUUCUAAGAAGUUGGGCAAUGAACUGGUCAGACGUCACGCACCAGCCAAUCGAUGAUAUAUGUGCAUAUUACGGGAUGAAGAUCGCCACCUAUUUUACGUUCCUUGGAAUGUAUACAAGGUGGUUACUUUUUCCGGCAUCGUUGGGCCUUGCUGUGCAGUUGUUUGAUUUCGGAUCGUUGCAAUUUGCUGUUCUUCCGUUUUUCUUCAUGUCCCUGAUAUCAUGGGUUGUCCUGUUUUUCCAAUUCUGGAAACGUAAGAACGCCGCUGUUUCAGCCAGGCUGCAGAUAUAUAAUUCAUACUCUUCGGAAUCUGAAUAUAGAUCUAUGAAAACUGAGCCAAGCUUGUCUCGGUUUGCCUCGGAACACAUGAGGAAACGAAACGCAGACAGAAUAAAAGAGAAGGCGAAUUUCCAGAGGGAUGAGUGGAUUAGUUGGCUGCUAAGAGUAAGGAACGACGCCUUCAUUAUACUGAGCAUCAUAUGUCUCCAGCUACCAUUCGAGUUAGCUUAUGCUCAUCUCUACGAGGUUCUUGGAGCAGAUGGUCUAAAGUUUGGUUUAACAGCAGUUUACCUCUUCGUGAUCCAGUACUUCACAAGAAUGGGUGGCAAGAUCGCCGUGAAACUUAUCAAAUGCGAAAAAAUCGACACUCCAGAGAACAAAACAAACAGCUUAGUAUACAAGGUAUUUGGCCUCUAUUUCAUGCAAUCAUAUAUUGGAGUAUUUUAUCAUGCUCUACUGCAUCGUAAUAUAACAACUCUCCGGCAAGUUCUAAUCCAACGUCUGGUUAUGUAUGAGGUGAUUGAGAAUCUACUGGAAAAUUCUAUUCCGUAUUUGUCGUACAGCUUCAGGAAAUACAGAGCUGUCAGGAACAAGGUAAAGCGAGACAAAGGGUCUUCAACCGGCAAGUCACGCACCUUUACUCGGGUCGAGAAGGAAUAUCUUAAACCUUCUUAUAACGCCAGUAUAGGCCAGGAAAUCGAAGAUGGACUUUUUGACGAUUUUCUCGAGUUGGUGCUGCAGUUCGGAAUGAUCAUGAUGUUUGCUUGUGCAUUUCCUCUUGCAUUCGCCUUCGCAGCAAUGAAUAACAUCACAGAAAUUAGAGCAGAUGCUCUGAAGUUGCUUUCAAUGAUGAGACGGCCCAUUCCUCGCGCUGAAGAAACGCUUGGGGCGUGGUUGAAUAUUUUUCAGUUUCUGAUAGUGAUGUCGAUCUGCACUAAUAGCGCGCUUCUAGUGUGCAUGUAUGACCGCGAAGGGAACUGGAAAUUGUCGCCCGGGCUUGCUGCAAUCCUAGCCAUGGAACACGUUCUAUUGUUUAUCAAAUUUGGAUUUUCGCGCAUUGUCCCAGAAGAGCCCGCAUGGGUGAAAGCCGCUCGGAUGAAAAAUGCCAGUCAAGCGGAACAGGUGUGUACUAGACAACUCUUGAAAAGCCUUUCCGGAGACGAUAAAUGGUUCGCGGAAGUAAGGUCUCAGGAAUCCAAAAAGGAUGCCUAGGAAGGAAGAAUCGCCAGAACCGGCUCGUGGGAGAACGAUUCUGUUCUGAGACCUCUUCGUUCAAACGAUCCGACUCGGAGGAUCUGCCCUGAAAAGGUAAGAGUGCCCGGUGCGACGGAACGGACUGUUUUGUAGUAUAGCUUAUGUUAAUUAGAGGGGUAAAUCAAUGCUCUUGUUAGUUAAAGAAUAUUGUGCAAAUUUGUGAAGAAAAAAAUCAAAUAACAUGUUGAUUGUUAAUUUAGAAUUUUGUAUGCCACUAGAUGUGUUAUGUAGCAAAGAUAGUGUAUCUGUCUGUGUUGUUUGCCUAUGAUUUGAAAAGUUAGUAUAAA